AUGGAAGAAACAGAAGAUUUUGACCCUGUUCCCGCCCCUGCCCCAAGUACGGCUACUCGACCGUUGAAUAUCCGCACACAGAGUCUAGCCACGGUAAAGCUGCAGAGGAGGGGAAAACUUGCCGCCAAGUUGAGGGAUGUGUUCGGAUUAAGUGAUAUCGAGGAGGUUUUGGCGGAGAUGCCAUGCUGGUUGUUACGAUCUAUCCUCCUGCAAGGGUACAUGUAUCUAACAAAUGCCCACCUUUGCUUCUUUGCCCAUCUUCCUACCGAUGAGGAUCAAGUCCUCAAAUCUGGUACACUUAGUAAGCGCGGUGGCCGUACAAAGCGAUGGAAUAAGUACUGGUUUAUCCUCAAGAACGAUGUGCUGAGUUGGUACCAGUCCAGUGCUGAUCCCUAUUUUCCCCAUGGCAAUCUGGAUUUGAAAUAUGCUAUCUCCUGCGAACCUAUAGGGGAAAGGGGAUUGAGAAUGCGGACCAAUCAAAGAAGUGUUAAUCUAAUGGCGGAUUCAAUCCCCAGUCGAGACGAGUGGGUUAAAGCAGUGCGAAAGGUCAUGUUCCGAGCGCAGAACACCGGGGAAAGCGUGAAGAUUGCGAUACCGUUCAAUCUCAUCGUUGAUGCUGACAAGAAUUCUUCAAUGGACUUCACUGAAACUGUUGAGGUGAAGGUUUACGAUCGAGAUGAAAAGGACGAGAACUACUCUCUCGACUCUUAUUUUUUCGCCUAUUUCCACGAUCUUGACCGCGCACUCGAGCAAAUCCAGACCAUCAUACAACAACAUAGACGGGCUGUCACAGAUCCGGCUGCAAAGUUGGGCAUGCUGCACGACACAACUUCAGCAGGCGUUGUGUCAUCCAUCGGUGCACCUGACAGGCCCAUUCAGAGCGAUCCGCGCUCAACAACUUUCCGCCUGACAUCUUUGUUGCGACCCUUCACUAGUUAUUCACAGGUUCUCGGACUUCCUGCUCGUACGGAAUCUGCUCCGGAUCACAUAAAUGAUUUUGGAGUUAGUCGGAUUAGUUCCCAAGAAUUGGUAGCCUCUCCUGCCCCGUUGCAAGACGACUCUCGCACGCUGAAACCUGGACUUUUCCGCCCGCUAACAACCAGCUCAGAAGCCGGACCGCACACAAGCUCCUUCCCAGAAGUGGGGCUUCCGCACAUUUAUCCUCCUUCCUGGAACUCCUCUCCUGGUCAACAUUAUCAGACUCUGCAGGCUCAACAAGAUCCGAGCAGCACGGGCUGGAGUGUUCCACAGUGGUUGAGAGGCUCGUCCCGCCUCUUUUCAGCUACACAAAGUGGCGGUGAUUCUUCAUCCUUGCCGCACAGUGUAAUUCUUUCGGAUCACGCUUCGGAUGAUGAGGAUAGGGAAGGCUCAAACAACAUGGGAUUCUCUCUUCUUGACGGGACAGACGUGCCAUAUGUUUUUGAUCCAGUUGUGGCUGAAAAGUUCCGUACGACCUUUGCUCUGGAUGAAAAGGAGGGCUUGAUUGGCUACAUACCUGGUUCGUUGUUACGUGUUCUGCCGAUCUUUGGACGAGUUUAUAUAUCUACCAAUCACUUCUGUUUCCGAUCGACGCAGCCCUUGACCAAAACACGAAUGAUCAUUCCCAUCAGAGACAUCAUUUCCGCUGAGAAGCAGAGGGCAUUUACUCUGACAUAUCACGGUCUUGCCGUGAUUAUCAAGGGGCACGAAGAGUUGUUCCUGGAGUUCAGCUCCGCUGACCGGCGGGAUGCCUGCAUCAGGCUCCUGGAAUCUCAGAUGGAUGUAGUACGGCAGAAAGAGUUGAUCGGUCCAUCUGCACCGACACAGUCGCAGAAGGAGUCCGAUAUACUUGAAGACCUUGAACCGUCCACGCCUGCUUUGGAAUCCGAAAUUCCGCGUCUAGAUGCGGGGCAGGAGGUCGCUCCCGCCGUUAUGUUUACAUCCACUUCCUCAACGUUCUUGACGUUCAAACCGCAAGAACCUCUGCGGUUCACAUUCUUGACGAUUGGAUCACGAGGCGAUGUCCAACCAUAUAUUGCGCUUGCCAAGGGUUUGCAAGCCGAUGGACAUCAUGUGCGGAUUGCUACUCACGGGGAGUUCAAGGCGUGGGUCGAAGGUCACGGCAUUGAACAUGCAUACGUUGGAGGUGAUCCCGCUGAACUCAUGAGGAUCUGUGUUGAAAACGGCAUGUUCACAUUUUCUUUCAUGAAGGAAGGGCUUCAAAAAUUCCGAGGAUGGAUUGAUGACUUGUUGAAAACGUCUUGGGAAGCUUGCCAGGGGAGUGAUGUAUUGGUUGAAAGCCCAAGCGCUAUGGCUGGUAUUCAUAUAGCGGAGGCUCUGGGAAUCCCCUACUUCCGCGCAUUUACGAUGCCAUGGAGUCGCACAAGAGCGUAUCCUCAUGCAUUUGCGGUCCCUGAACGCAAGAUGGGGGGAUCAUACAACUACAUGACCUAUGUUAUGUUCGAUCAAGUCUUCUGGAGAGCCAUUGCAGGCCAGGUCAACCGCUGGCGUCGCAACACCUUGAAUAUUGAUUCGACCAAUAUUGACAAACUUGAGCAGCACAAGGUCCCGUUCUUAUAUAACUUCAGUCCUUCUAUUGUCCCCCCCCCACUGGACUGGUAUGAAUGGAUUCGAGUCACCGGAUACUGGUUCCUGGAUGACCCCGACAAUUCUCAAGCAAAAAAGUGGACACCUCCUGACGAUCUCGUCCAAUUCAUCAAUUCUGCACGAGCUGAAGGUCGAAAACUAGUUUAUAUCGGGUUCGGCAGCAUUGUGGUCUCAGAUCCCGACGCAAUGACUCAAUGUGUGAUACAAGCCAUCGAGCAAAGCGGUGUUCGUGCCAUUCUGUCCAAAGGGUGGUCGGAUAGACUUUCGUCCAAGAAAGAUCCAAAGGCUCUUGAGAAAGAGCACGCCAAACUACCGUCAACCAUCUAUCCAAUCGCUUCUAUUCCACACGACUGGCUGUUUGCACGAAUCGACGCUGCCUGUCAUCACGGUGGAGCGGGUACAACAGGUGCUAGCUUACGUGCUGGGAUUCCUACCAUUAUCAAGCCUUUCUUCGGGGACCAAUUCUUCUGGGCAGAUCGUGUCGAAGCCUUGGGUAUUGGCUCCAGUGUUCGUAAGCUUACCGUGGACAGCCUUACGGACGCACUGCGCAAUGCCACUACUGACGAAAAACAAAUCGCUCGAGCUAAACUAGUUGGCCAGAAGAUUUGUGCGGAACAUGGUGUUGCGAACGCUAUUGAAGCGCUUUACAGGGAUAUGGAGUAUGCCAGGUCCCUUGUCAAACGCCAUCGUGCAGAGGGAGAGGAACAUUUGAGAACCUCAGGUAUCAGGGAAGGAGUGUCUUCAGCAGACAUGAGAGAGAGUUCACUAGACAGCUCCAGCGGAUCGGCGAUGGGAACAAGUGAGGAUUGGGAGGCGGUUUCAUGUUCUUCAGCUCAAGGCCAUUGAGUUGCAGCCAUUCAUGUUGCUCUCUCCGUACUGCAGUGCAAAGGUUUUGCGAGCAGGUUGAUUACUUCGAGCAACUACAUACAUACCCUUAUGAUCUUAACUCUGUACAUC